AUGCGCACCGUCGCCCGCGCGCCCGCGUGCGCGCGCCCGUCAACGAGCGGGCGUCACCCAUCGCGAUCGUCCAUCGCUCUGAGCUCGCGCGCGGCGACAUCGAGCGCGCGCGCGGCGUUUUUACAGAUUUCACCGCGUCGCUCUUCGACGCGCUCUCGCGCCCGCGCUGUCUCCCCCGGGGCGUUCCUGUGGUGGAGCCGAGAGAAGGAGCUUCGCAAGCGAUGGAAGCAGCUCUGUGAGUUCGCCGCGGACGAGAUACCGCUCGCGUCGCCGCUCGCGUCGACGAAAUCUUUGAUUCGGUGGGUCGGGGAGUAUCCGCUCACGGCGGCGUCCGCGCUCACGGCGGUGGCCGGUGGCGUCUCGGCCGCGAUCUCGGCGGCGGUGAUACCGGCGGUGAUUGGUAUCGCGGUCGUCGCGCUGCCCGCGGUGCUCUUCGCGGCGGUCGGAACCGCGGCGGUGGCGACGCUCGUCGGAGCGCUCGUGCUCCUGAUGGCGCUCCCGGCGCUUGGAUUCUUAUCCGUGUUCGGGGGGACGAUCGCGGCCGCGGCGAGCGCGAAACUCUUGCCUCUCGCUAUCUUAGGUUCGGGACUAUUGUUCGGCGCGAAAGCGAUCGAGUUCGGGGUGAAGGGCGACGCGAGAGCGCAGCGGCUCAAGGCGGGCGCCGACGCCGAGCCCGAUUCGUGGGCGCCGAGGAACGCGAACGCCGACGCCGACGAGGACGAUGAGAACGCCGAGGACUACGAAGAAACGGUGAAGAGAAACUUCGAUGAACGGCUCCGAGCGCUCGACGGUGAGAAGAAGAAAUGA